AUGCCUGACGACUACGAGCUCCGCGGCAAGUACAAGGCCGUCGACAUCAACGACGACUUUCCGCCCCGCAAACACCGCAGCAAUGGCUCCGCCAGCAGCAACCUGCGCCCCUCGCUCGACGCCGCCUACCUCUCGUCCGACGACGACGCCGACCUGAACGAAUUCGACCCGCUGAACGAGGAGAGCACACCGCUCGACACGGGCAAGAGGAGACGCCGCCCACGCUCCGAGUCGCAGAUCGGCGCCGACGCCUACGCCGGCCGCUCGUGGCAGCAGCGCAACGGCGGCUCAUCGCGCAGGCCGUGGACACGCCUCGUCUCGGCAUGCAUACCCACUCGCAAGCGCCUGUGGUGCUGGCUGCCGCUGCUCUUCGUCUUCGCCCUGCUGCUGCUGCUGAGCGCCGGCGGCAUGUGGGCGUGGCGGUCCAGCCCGCUCGAGGGCCAGAGCCCGCCGUGGUACCCGUCGCCGCGCGGCGGGGCGGACCCGGUGUGGGCCGAGGCGUACGCGCGCGCCGCCGCGCUGGUGGCGAACAUGACGCUGGCCGAGAAGGUCAACGUGACGACGGGCGUGGGCUGGUCCAUGGGGAUGUGCGUGGGCAACACCGGCCCUGUCCCGCGCCUGGGCUUCCCGAGCUUGUGCCUGCAGGACGGCCCGCUGGGCCUGCGCUUCGUCGACCACGCCACCGCCUGGCCCGCCGGCAUCACCGUCGGCGCCACCUGGAGCAAGGAGCUGAUGUACCUGCGCGGACAGGCGCACGCGCGCGAGGCCAAGGGCAAGGGUGUCAACGUGCUGCUGGGCCCCGCCAUGGGACCGCUUGGCCGGUUGCCGGCGGGCGGACGCAAUUGGGAGGGCUUUGGAGCAGACCCGGUGCUACAGGGACUGGCGGCGGCAUGGACGAUCAAGGGAAUCCAGGACGAAGGCGUUAUUGCGACGGCAAAGCACUGGGUUGGCAAUGAGCAGGAACAUUUCCGCCAGUCUUUCGAAUGGGGCGCCCCCAAUGCCAUUUCGUCCAAUAUCGACGACCGAACUUUGCACGAGGUUUAUGCCUGGCCUUUCGCGGACAGCGUGCGUGUGGGCGUCGGCAGCGUUAUGUGCUCGUACAAUCAGGUCAACAACUCGUACGCGUGCCAGAACAGCAAGCUGCUCAAUGGCGUGCUCAAGGACGAGCUCGGCUUCCAAGGAUUCAUCCAGUCGGACUGGCUGGCCCAGCGCAGCGGUGUUGCGAGCGCGCUGGCCGGCUUGGAUAUGAGCAUGCCCGGCGACGGACUGAGGUGGCAGGAUGGAAAGGCGCUGUGGGGCCCGGAACUGACCAGGGCGGCACUGAAUGGCUCGGUGCCGAUGGAACGCCUGAAUGACAUGGUUACGCGUAUUGUGGCGGCUUGGUACCAGCUCGGCCAGGACAACAAGGAGAGGUGGCCUGAAGACGGACCUAACUUCUCAUCCUGGACGGAUGAGAAAAUCGGACUGCUGCAUCCUGGUAGCGACGACAAGACUACCGGCGUGGUCAACAAGUUUGUGGACGUCCAGGAAGACGGCGAACAUGGCGAGUUGGCACGCCGGAUCGCUGCCGAGGGUAUUGUGCUGGUCAAGAAUGACGACGACACUCUGCCCAUUUCCCGCCAGGGCCACAGUAUUGCGAGCGGCUUCAUAUCGACCAAGGACGACUUCAAAAUGCGCAUCGGCGUCUACGGCGAGGAUGCUACUGGGAAUCCCGAUGGUCGCAACGCUUGCCCUGACCGUGGCUGCAACAAAGGUACGCUGGCUUCGGGUUGGGGUAGCGGCGCUGCCGACUUCCCUUACCUCAUCACUCCGCUGCAGGCUCUUAAACGUCAAUUCGACAUCGAUAUGACUCUUCUCCAUGAAUACCCCGCCAACGAGAUUCCUGAGACAAAGCAGCGUGCGCUUGAGGAGCAGGAUCUUUGCUUUGUGUUCGUUAACAGCGAUGCUGGUGAGGGUUUCAUCUCCUGGGAGGGCAUCAAGGGCGACCGGAACGACCUUUACACGCAAAAGGGAGGUGACAAUCUCGUUAAGACUGUGGCCAAGAGGUGUGGUGGUGGUGAUAGCCCUGUUAUCGUUGUCGUGCAUGCCGUUGGGCCCGUCAUCCUGGAAAACUGGAUCGACAUUCCUAACAUUAAGUCCGUUCUUCUCGCGCAUUUGCCCGGACAGGAGAGCGGCAACGCCGUCGCCGAUGUCAUCUUCGGCGAUGUGAACCCAAGCGGCCGCCUGCCUUACACGAUUGCUAAGAAUGAGGACGACUACGGCCCGGACAGCCACGUCAUGUACUACCCAAACGCCGUCGUCCCGCAGCAAAACUUCACUGAGGGUCUCUACAUCGACUACCGCUACUUCGACAAAGUCGGCCUAACGCCGCGCUACGAAUUCGGCUACGGCCUUUCGUAUAGCGAUUUCGAGCUCUCCGAGCUCCAGAUAGUCAUCGACCCGACCAAGAAGACACUCCUGCCUGCUCCGCGCCCGGAUUCGAAGACUCUCCCCGCACCGCCGACCUAUGACAACAACCCAGGGCCGGCUGAGGACGCGCUGUUCCCGCCAGGCUUCCGCCGCCUCAGCAAGUACAUCUACCCGUACCUGACGAGCCUCAGCGGCACGAAGAACCCCGGUACCCCGGAUAAGGCAUGGCCGCCAGCGCUUACCGACCCAAAGCUGCAAGCGGAGCCGUCGGAAGCAGGCGGCGGGCCGGGCGGUAACCCAGACCUGUACACGUACGUCGCAAACGUGUCGUUUACAAUCAAGAACCUGAGUCCUAUCCGCGGCCACGCAGUGCCGCAGCUGUACAUCUCGUACCCGGAAAGCUGGUCGGACCCGGAGAACCCGUCGGUCUUCGGGAAGGGCUACACGAAGGCCAACAUCACCACCACCACCAAGACCGACGACAAAGCAUCAACAGGAAAGAAGCCGGUCGUAGACGAAGGCAUCAUCAGCGACGACGGCAAGAUUACAAGCCCAUUCCUAACGACCAACGUCAGCGACCCGCAUCAUGCUACGAACACCACGCGCCCGCCUUUCGACCUGCCUCUAGACAUGCACGACCCGGCCGUCAUCGCGCAGCUGCAGGUCAUCGACUUCCCCGUCCGCGUGCUGCGCGGCUUCGAGAAGCUCUCCCUCGCCCCCGCCGGCGAGCCCGGCUCCGAGCUGCGCGCCAGCUUCGCCAUCACCCGCAGGGAUCUGAGCUAUUGGGACGUCAGGCGGCAGAACUGGGUCAUGCCGACCGUCGGCGGCGGGACGAAGGAGUUUGGGGUUUGGAUCGGGUGGAGUAGUAGGGAUUUGGUGUUGAGUGGGAUGAUUUGA